AUGUCACAGAUUAAGUACAUGCUUCUCACGUCGAGGCAAGGCAAGACUAGGUUAAUCAGAUGGUAUCAACCCUUCGAUAUAAAGUACAAGCAUAAAAUACUAAGGGAAGUGACGACUAACGUACUGUCCAGGAAGUCAAAAAUGUGCAAUAUUCUAGAAUAUCAAGAUCACAAAGUCGUGUACAAGAAAUAUGCCAGUUUAUACUUCAUUGCAGGGAUUGAUUUGGAUUCGGACAACGAAUUGUUGACUUUAGAAAUUAUACACAGAUUUGUGGAAACUAUGGAUAGAUAUUUUGGGAACGUCUGCGAGUUAGAUAUCAUAUUCAAUUUUAGCAAGGCAUACAGCAUAUUGGAUGAAAUGAUAAUGUGUGACGGAUCUAUAAUAGAAACUAGUAAAGAUGAAGUUAUACAUGUUGUGGAGGCCAUGGAUGCAAUUGAAUCAAAUGAUGACCUUGAUAGGGUAUUGAGUUGA